AAACUUUAUGAAAACAAGCCUGUCCAUUGCUCUUCCCUCUCUCUCUCUGUACUUUUAGUCCUUCGAUUCAAAUUCACUCCUAAAACGUCUUUAGGAGAAGAAGGCGAAUGGCUAUGGCGAUGGUGAAGAGGAAGAGAAAGGAGAGGAAUCAGGCCCCACAUUAUCUCCAUUUCUCCGAAUUUCUCAGACUCUUCUCUGUUUUCCUGUCUCUCUCCCCAGUUCUCGCCGCCGGCGAGCCCAAUUUCGACUACGCCGACGCCCUCUCCAAGUCUCUCCUGUACUUCGAGGCGCAGAGGUCCGGCCGGCUGCCGUACAACCAGAGAGUGACGUGGCGGCACCAUUCCGGCCUGACCGACGGCCUGGAACAGAAGGUGGACUUGGUCGGCGGGUACUACGACGCCGGCGACCAUGUGAAGUUUGGGCUGCCGAUGGCGUUCACGGCGACAAUGCUGUCAUGGGGAGUGAUAGAGUACGGCGCGGAGAUUGCGGGUGCAGGGGAACUGGAGCACGCCUUUGAGGCCAUAAAAUGGGGCACUGAUUACUUCAUCAAAGCCCAUACUAGCCCCAAUGUGUUAUGGGCUGAGGUCGGCGAUGGCGACACCGAUCACUACUGCUGGCAGCGGGCGGAGGACAUGACGACGUCCCGGCGAGCUUUCAAGAUCGACGAGAAUAAUCCCGGGUCGGAUCUCGCCGGAGAGACAGCCGCCGCCAUGGCCGCCGCCUCGAUCGUGUUCCGCAAAACUAAUCCGCAUUAUUCUCACCUCUUGUUGCACCAUGCCCAGCAGUUGUUCGAGUUUGGGGAGAAGUAUAGGGGGAAGUAUGAUAGCAGCGUGGGAGUGGCGAAAAACUAUUAUGCAUCGUUGAGUGGGUAUGGGGACGAGUUAUUGUGGGCAGCGAUGUGGCUAUACAGAGCCACCGACAAUGAAGAGUAUUUGGAUUAUGCAAUAAAGCAGGGUCACUCCUUUGGUGGCACCACCUGGGCCAUUACUGAGUUCAGCUGGGACGUUAAAUAUGCUGGCCUUCAAAUUAUUGCUUCCCAGAUGCUCCAAGAAGGAAGGCACCGGAACCACCACCACCGUGACGUUCUGGAGCAGUACCGGUCCAAAGCCGAACACUACGUGUGUUCGUGCCUGAACAAGAACGGCGCCGGCGGCAACGUCGAGCGGACGCCGGCCGGCCUCCUAUACGUCCGCCAAUGGAACAACAUGCAGUACGUCUCGUCGGCGUCGUUCCUGCUAACAUUGUACUCGGAUCUCCUCAGGAGCUCCGGCGAAAAGCUGAGGUGUCCCGCCGGAGAGGCCGACGGCGAAGAGAUUCUCGGGUUCGUGAGAUCGCAAGUGGACUACAUAUUGGGCUCCAACCCGAAUAACAUGAGCUAUCUUGUGGGCUUCGGCCCAAAUUACCCAAAGCGGGUCCACCACAGAUCCGCCUCCAUCGUGUCGUUCAGGGAGAACCAGGGUUUUAUCGGGUGCACUCAGGGGUAUGAUAAUUGGUACGGCCGCAACGCGCCCAACCCGAACGUGCUUUACGGGGCGCUUGUCGGAGGACCAGGCCGACGAGAUAACUUUGAUGAUCGGAGAGGGAAUUAUAUGCAGACUGAGGCGUGUACAUACAACACCGCACCGCUCGUCGGCGUUUUUGCAAAGCUGAUUUUCUUAAACAAUCAUAGCUUAAUCGCCUCAAUCUAAAAACAGAAAAAGCCAAUAUACUUAUAAAAAUACUCGAAUAUGGAUGGAAUUAUGGCAAUAGAUCAAAUCAAUAUUCAAGAUUUCAACU